AUGGCGGAGAAGGGCCUUGAUAUUGACUAUAGCUCCCUUGCGCCAACGACCGAGAUUCGCAUACUUACCCUCGAGCGUGGAAGAGGCGAUGAUCCAAUUCUAUGCACCCUCCGGCCUGUGGCGCGGGAUGGGGCAGAAUAUCAUGCUCUGUCAUAUGAAUGGGAAGACGAAAGCAAGAAUGAUCCUUUCAUCACUAUCGAUGACCAUCACGUUCAGAUUCGUAUGAACCUCUAUGAUGCCCUAAAUAACAUAAGAAAGCCAACCGAAGACCAAUGGCUUUGGGUGGAUGCAAUAUGUAUCAACCAGUCAGACGUCCAAGAGAAGAGCCAGCAAGUCGCCAUGAUGGGCGAGAUAUUUACAAACGCAGUCGGUGUCAUAUCAUGGCUCGGCCCAGCCAGAGACGAUAGUAAUCUGGCCAUAUAUAUAAUGUUCUAUAACUAUCUUCUCUCGGCCAGAUUAAGCUCUUAG